GGCUCUCGUUGCAGAAAAAUGGCGCACCACGACCCUCCUAUUCCUGAGCAUCUCAUACCGGAAGCACCGUUUCACUUUUCUCACAAUGGUCUUGACCCUGCUCUUCUUGGAUCACUUGGAAUACUUCUGUCAGCACUACUCUUCAUCAUCUACCGUUUGUUGAAGCUAAAAUGGGAUGAAGACGCAGCUCGGCGGCGGACCGAGGCACUACUGGCCAUGGCAGCAGAUGACGAACGAGACAAUCUCAGAGAAGCGCAGAUGGCCGGAGGGCGUCGAAGGAAUGUUGUUCGUCGACGUAUUCACCAUGAAGAAGAUGACUUUGUCAAUCAGAUGCUUGCUGAAGUAGAUCCAGAUGCAGAAGACUCUGAGGGCGAAGGAGUACCGUUGCCGAUGUUUGACCAACAUGGUGAGAAAAUUGGUAAAAGAAAAGCGGCCAAAUUACAAGCCAAAGCAGAAAAGAAAGCAAUGAGGGAGCAGGAACUUAUCGAACGUGAAGAACGCAAAAAAAGAGAAGAGGAGAGAGAGAAAAAGUUGGAGGAAGAAAGGGAGAGAGAACGACUUGAAGAGGAAGCCGAGCAAGAGCGAUUACGGAAAGAAAAAGAAGAGCGUGAACAAAGAGAAUUGGAGGAGUAUUUGGCGUUGAAAGAAUCUUUUGCCGUAGAAGAAGAAGGUUUCGAUCAGCUUGAAGAAGAGGAAUCAGCCAACUUGAUGAAGGAGUUCGCAGAUUACGUCAAAAAGAGCAAGGUUGUAAAUAUGGACGAGUUGGCAGCACACUUUGGACUAAAAUCCGAUGAAGCAAUAUCGAGAUUACACUAUUUUCUCGACAACGGUCUUCUCGAAGGUGUUAUGGAUGACCGCGGAAAGUUCAUAUGCAUUACAGAUGAGGAACUCAAUGCAGUUGCAAAAUUCAUCAAUCAACGCGGCAGGGUAACAAUUCAUGAACUAGCCGAAUAUAGUAAUAAACUCAUUCGCUUAGAAGGAGAAGCAUAGUCAAGUCUGGGUAUUUAUUUUUGCUGGUGUGCUUGUAUUAAUUGCUGCUGUACUUUCAUCUUGUCGCUUCAUUUCUGUGAUUCUAUCAACCAUUGUAUACAAAGUCUUUAUUUUCCAUAAAGAAUUAAAGUACCCGAAA